AUGACUUCUGCAGGUUUUAGUGAUGGUAGACCUGUUUGGAUUCCUCUUGAAUCAAAUCCUGAAGCUUUUAACAAGUACAUUAAUGGACUUGAAGUUGGAAAAGUUGAAUGUGUCGAAAUUUACGGAUUUGAGGAUGAUUUGCUUGCUUUUGUGCCAGGACCUCAUUUGGCGUUGAUUUUUUGUUUUCCAUAUUCUGAGACUUCUUACGCGUCUGUAGCUAAAGUUUAUUCUGAUUUAAUUGCUGAGGGAAAGGAUAAGGUGCCUGAAGGAGUUUUCUUUAUGAAGCAGAAGAUACAUAAUGCGUGUGGGACUUUUUCGCUUUUGCAUUCGUUGACUAAUAAUUUGGAGAGUAUUGACAUGGGUAAAGGAUCUUUCGCCGAUUGGUAUGCUAAAGCUAAACCUUUGGGUGUCCAAGAACGUUCUGAUUGUUUAUUCAGCCACACUUCAAUGGCACAAGCACAUAAGAAAUGUGCGGAGAGUGGAGAAACAGCAACACCUCCAGAUACUCAAGUUGAAUUUCAUUUUAUUGCUUAUUUGCAUUAUGGAGGACGUCUUUUGGAAUUUGAUUCGGCACAAAACUUUCCUCGUGAUUGUGGACCUACCAAUCCAAGUACUUUAUUGUCUGAUGCUAGUAAACAAUGCAAAAAUCUCAUGCAAAAUCUCGGGGAUAUAGCUUGUAAUGCUCUUGCUAUUGUGCAAAAGAAAGGUUAAUUAAAAUGAUUAAAUGGACAUGAAAAUGAGCUUUAUAAUAUUUUCUUGAUGAUUUUAAAUAAUAUUUAUUUAAAAAUUUUUUAAAUAAAACUUUAAAGGCGAGAGUCAGGAAUUUUAAUUAAGAUUCUCCUCAUUUUAAUUUUGUUUUUCCUAAUUUUAACUUUUCUGUGAUCAUUAUAUCUUACAUGUUUUUGGUAGUUAAUUCCCUAUUGUCUGAAAUUUUCUAAAAUAUUAAUUGAAAUAAUCUCUGCUUUUCCUUUUUUGAAGAGAAAAAAAUUUUAGUAAAACACAUCAGGUUUGUCGGCAGUGCUUGGAAAUUUCAAAUUUGAUCGUACUUGUAGGGCUUUAGUAAAUCUAAAUUUUAAAUAUCCUAUUAUAAGUUUUUGGGGAAUUAAAAUAUCACUCAUUUUCAAAAAUUCAAUUUAAAAAUCGGUCAUUAACAACCCUUGAAUAUGUAUUAAAUUACAAAAUUAAACCAACAUAAGGAAAAAACAUUUAUAUAUUUCAAACAUUAUUUACAACACCAAAAAGCAUAAAAUACACAAAAAAUCCUAACAAAAAAAUCCUAACAUAUUUAUUAAACCUUUACAUCUUCCUAUAUAUAUUAUCAACAAUUUUCUCAAUUUGUUCAAAUGUAGGCCUUUCAUCCCUUUUAUCGUCAAAUUUCAUACAUGCUUCCAUUAAAUUACCAAUAGUAACGGGCAUUCCUUCAGGCUUAUUUAAUCUCUUCCUUUUAGCUUUGGGAACAUCAAUGACUUGUUCAUAGACCUUUAGAUAAUAAAAAUUUAGAAUCUGAAUCUUUUUCAGCAUUCUUUUCCUUAAUAAGUAAAUAAAUGGACAGAAUUUUUUACUCAUUUCCUCUCACUCAAAAUGCAUGUGACUAUUUUAUGGGAGGAAAAAAUAAGUAAAUGUGCCGUUAU